AAUGCCGCUCUCUCUCUCAGCUCAUCAGCUCUGCUCGCUCCAAGAAGAGAAACGCCAUUGAUUGGUGGAGAGAGAGAGAGAGAGAAGGAUUUCGUAUCUCCACCUCCCGAGAAGCGAAGAGAGAGAGAGAGAGAGAGAGAGAGAGAGAGAGAGAGAGAGCGAGAGAGAGAGAGAGGGAGAGAAGCUUCGAUCCGUGAGAUUUGGCCCCGAUUUCUUGAGUUCUUUCGAGAUUUUUUUUCUCAAGUUGUUUCGAUUUCGAAGUGCGUCCAAGAAUCGGAGACCUCCAUGUCCGCGAGAUUGGUUGUUCUGUGAGUUUGAGGAGGAGAUGACGGGGGUGGUGGUGGUGUCGCCGUCGGGAUGCAAGGGCGGCGGAGGAGGAGGAGGAGGGGUGGGGAAGAAGAGGGGAAGCGGGGAGGAGGAGAGGGAGAGAGAGAGGCAGCAGCUGUCGGUGCUGGAGGUGCUGCUCGCGGCGGUGAGGAGGUCGGUGGUGGCGUGCAGGGUGGAGCGGGAGGGCGGCGGCGGGUGGGGGGAGGAGGGGGAGGCGGAGGCGGAGGAGGGGGACGCGGCGGCGGAGGUGGGGGAGAUGGAGAUCGGGUGGCCGACGGACGUGCGCCACGUGGCGCACGUCACCUUCGACCGCUUCCAUGGCUUCCUCGGCCUCCCCGUCGAGUUCGAGGUCGAGAUGCCAUGCCGCGUCCCCAGCGCUAGUGCUAGUGUUUUUGGUGUCUCGGCUGAAUCGAUGCAGUGCACCUACGAUGGGAAGGGAAACUCAGUCCCCACUAUACUGCUGCACAUGCAGGAGAGGUUGUAUGCUCAGGGAGGCCUAAAGGCUGAAGGAAUCUUUCGCAUAAACCCGGAAAAUGACCAAGAGGAGCAUGUGAGGGACCAGCUGAACAAAGGAGUUGUCCCUGAGGACAUUGAUGUUCACUGUUUGGCAAGCCUGAUUAAGGCAUGGUUCAGGGAACUUCCAGAAGGUGUGCUUGAUAGCCUCUCCCCUGAACAAGUGCUACAGUGCAAUUCUGAAGGAGAAUUCCUAGAGCUCGUGACGCUAUUGCGCCCGACUCAGGCAGCGCUCCUCAAUUGGGCUGUUGAACUGAUGGCUGACGUUGUCGAAGAGGAGGAGCUGAACAAGAUGAAUGCUAGGAACAUAGCCAUGGUGUUUGCCCCCAACAUGACUCAGAUGUCAGAUCCUUUGACAGCCCUAAUGCAUGCUGUCCAAGUCAUGAACUUCCUCAAGACAUUGAUCUUGAGGACACUUCGAGAGCGUGACGAUGCAGCUAGCGGAGAUUACACUCCAUACUCAUCUCCAGCUUCAUCCAGUCAGCAAAACGAUGCUGAGUACUAUGGCAGUGAGAGAGACAUGGACAGAAGCUGUGAAAUGAGUGAUAUGCAUAGCGAGAUCAGCAGGUCUGGUCGACAGGUGGAUUUUCUGGUGAGGUACAACACCUGCUUCGACAGCGAGCAAGAAGGCGUCGAUCCUCUGAGCGACGUCGAAGAAGGGUUCUUGAGACAGCUCGAACACGAUCUCGAAGCGGAUAAACGAGAGGAGAGCGCGAAAAAGCAGCACGAAAUAAGUUCAGAGAUCAUGGCUGUGAAGGAUGUUCAAGCUGAGCUGAAAGUUGAAGCCAAAGCAGCAGGGAACACACAGAAGGAAGAAGGUGCAGGGUCUUUGCAAUGAUGAAGUUCAUGUGUUUUUUGAGCUUCUAGAUCUCAUGAUUUACUGUGCUAGAUUGUUUUCUCAACAUAUGGUUGAGUGUAGUGCCCAAUGGUUGUUGACUGUAGUGCAUCAUGUAAACUUAGCUGAUCUUUUUAUCCUUGGAUGUGGGUGACAAUUAGUGUGUAUGUCAAUGUUACUAUGCCUAAGCGUAGUUUCGUGCGAUCUGGGAAUGUUGUUUGUUGCAUAUCUGCAUCAAUGUCUUGAAUCUCCAAGUGAUGAUUUAAAUUGUUGUAAGUUGUAACAAACCAAAUUUUCCC